AAGCAGGGAUAGCGAAAAACGACCAUUGAAUAAGAUGCUCUACAACUACGGAAAAAACCUCGACUGGCAGGAUGGUUGGGAUAAGUACCUUCAUGACACUGCAUGCGCUUGUGCUAAAUUAGCAAAAACCUUCGGCUAUCGAUAUAUCGGCAUCCAGGCAUUCUCAGAAUGCUGGUCAGGUGAUCCAACAGCAGAUUUGUUUAAAGAUCGGGCAAAAUCACCAAAUAAAUGUUGGGGUGUCAGACCCAAAUAUUCAGAAUGUAACGACGAAACGGAUACAGCAUGCACAGGAACGCGCGGGUAUAAUUACGUCUACGAACUUUAUCUUUCUGCAAGCAAAGAAUCACCUUGUUCGUCUUUGCCAUGUUAUAAUGGAGGAAGUUGCACGGAGGUUCGGGAUUCCUUCGUUUGUAAGUGUACUUGUGGAUACAAAGGCAAACAAUGCGAAACGAAAGUGUCGCCAUGCUCUUCUGCCCCCUGUAUGAACAAUGGAAAUUGUACAGAUGUUGGAAAUUCUUUCUUAUGUAAAUGCCCAUGUGGUUUUAAAGGAACUCGCUGCGAGCGAGAUGUUCGUCCGUGUGCGUCAUCGCCUUGUGUGAAUGGCGGAGAAUGUAAGAAUCUUAAAAAAACGUACCAGUGUGAAUGUCCAACCGGAUAUAAAGGAAAACGAUGCCAGAUUAAACAAUCCCCAUGUGGUUCAGGGCCGUGCAAAAAUGGAGGUAGAUGUCGUCAACUUGCAGCUUCAUAUCGCUGUCUUUGUCGCCAGGGAUAUCGAGGAAGACUCUGUGAAAUAAAAGUCACACCAUGUUCAUCUGGUCCAUGUCAAAAUAAUGCAACAUGUAAAGUUCAAGGAAAAACUUUCCAAUGUUUGUGCCCAGCUGGAUAUGAAGGAAAAAAAUGUCAGUUCAAAAAACCGCCAUGUUAUUCUUCGCCUUGCAAGAAUGGUGCUAGAUGUAAUAAUAGUGGAGGUUCUUUUGAAUGUUCUUGUCGACCUGGAUACAAAGGGAAGAUUUGCGAUGAGUUAGAAUAUCCCUGCGUUUCUGGACCAUGUGAAAAUGGGGGAGAAUGUUUAAAUAUUGGCGAUUCGUUUGAGUGUAAAUGUCCUCGUGGUUUUGAAGGAAAUAUAUGUCAAACAAAAGUAUCUCCUUGUGAUUCUGGACCAUGCAAAAAUGGUGGUGAAUGUUCAAAUGUUGGUGAUUCCUUUGAAUGUAAAUGCCCUUCUGGUUUUGAAGGAAAACGAUGUCAGAUAAAAGUAUCUCCUUGUGAUUAUGGACCAUGUGAAAAUGGAGGUGAAUGUUUAAAUGUUGGCAAUUCCUUCGAGUGUAAAUGUCGGGAUGGUUAUAUAGGAUAUAAAUGUGAAAAAAAAGUAUCUCCUUGUGAUUCUGAGCCAUGUGAAAACGAAGGUGAAUGUUCAAAUGUUGGCGACUCGUUUGAGUGUAAAUGCCUUCCUGGUUUUGACGGAAAAAGAUGUCAGACUAAAGAAUCUUCGUGUGACCCAAAUCCUUGCAGAAAUGGAGGAAGAUGUAAAAAUACAGGAAAAGGGAUCAAAUGCAUUUGUCCUCCUCGUUUUGUUGGAAAACGAUGUCAAUUCAAAUUGAAGACUCUAGCUGUAUGCCGAGCAACAGGUGAUCCUCACUACCGAACAUUUGAUGGAAAACGCUACGACUUUAUGGGAAAAUGUCAAUAUGUGUUGGCCAAAGACUCGAAAGAAACCUUUACAAUUCUGCAAGAUAACGAACCUUGUGGUAGAAGAAAAGCUACGUGCACCUAUGCUAUUACUGCAAAAAUACAAGGAAAAACCAUUUACAUGAGUAGAGGAGGAAGUGUAUUAGUAAAUGGUGAAAAUGUCACAUUGCCGUAUAAAGAUAAAGGAAUUACUGUCAAAGUUUUCAUGAAACAUGGCAUGAAGAUCAAGACAAAGAUUGGUUUAACAGUUGAAUACAAUGGUGUAUUUAACGUUUUUGUGAAAGUUCGAAACAUCUAUAGGGGAAAAUUAUCAGGACUUUGCGGCAACUUUAAUGGCAAACGUAAUGAUGAGUUCAAGACACCAGAUAAUGCACUUGUGAAGAGCGUAAUCACAUUUGGAAAUUCCUGGAAGACAGAUGACAGUUGUCCAAAUGUCACAACUGUUGAAGACCAUCCGUGUAAAAAUAACAUCAAACGUGCACUGAAAGCUAAACAAGAAUGUUCAGCACUUAAAAAACAACCUUUCUCAAAGUGUAAUGAAGUUGUAGAUCCAAAUGAUGGUCCUAUAGAAGAGUGUGAAUAUGAUGUAUGCGCAUGUGAAAGUAAUCCGAAGGCGUGUGUGUGUGAAUCAUUUGCUGCUUAUGAAGAACAAUGUAAUAACACAGGGAUUGAAAUCAAGUGGAAACAUCUCAAAAAGUUUGCAAAAUGUGGUUCAGCGUGUUCCUCAGCUCCUUGUCGUAACGGUGGAAUAUGCACCGAGAAAGGAAACUCUUUCGAAUGCACUUGUCCUCCUGAAUUUAAAGGCAAUAGAUGUCAGCGGAAGGCAAAAGAAUCUUCGUGUGAUCCAAAUCCUUGCAGAAAUCGAGGAAGAUGUAAAAAUACGGGAAAAGGGAUCAAAUGCAUUUGUCCUAAUCGUUUUGUUGGAAAACGUUGCCAAUUCAAAUUGAAGACUCUAGCGGUAUGCCGAGCAACAGGUGAUCCUCACUACCGAACAUUUGAUGGAAAACGCUACGACUUUAUGGGAAAAUGUCAAUAUGUGUUAGCUAAAGACUCGAAAGAAACCUUUACAAUUCUGCAAGAUAACGAACCUUGUGGUAAAAGAAAAGCUACGUGCACCUAUGCUAUUACUGCAAAAAUACAAGGAAAAACCAUUUACAUGAGUAGAGGAGGAAGUGUAUUAGUAAAUGGUGAAAAUGUCACAAUGCCGUAUAAAGAUAAAGGAUAUAUUAUCGAAGCUUUCAUGAAACGUGGCAUGAAGAUCACGACAAAGAUUGGUUUAAUAGUUGAAUACGAUGGUGUAUUUAACGUUUUUGUGAAAGUUCGAAACAUCUAUAGGGGGAAAUUAUCAGGACUUUGCGGCAAUUUUAAUGGCAAACGUAAUGAUGAGUUCAAGACACCAGAAAAUGCACUUGUGAAAAACGUAAUUACAUUUGGAAAUUCCUGGAAGACGGAUGGCAGUUGUCCAAAUGUCACAACUGUUGAGGACCAUCCGUGUAAAAAUAACAUCAAACGUGCCCUGAGAGCUAAACAAGAAUGUUCAGCACUUACAAAAGAACCUUUCUUAAAGUGUAAUGAAGUUGUAAAUCCAAAUGAUGGUCCUAUAGAAGAGUGUGAAUAUGAUGUCUGCGCAUGUGGAAGUAAUCCCAAGGCGUGUGUGUGUGAAUCAUUUGCUGCUUAUGAAGAAGAAUGCAACAAUGCGGGAAUUGAAAUAAAGUGGAAACAUCUUAAAAAGUUUGCAAAAUGUGGCUCACCAUGUUCGUCAGCUCCUUGUCGAAACGGAGGAAACUGCUCAACAGAAGGGAAUUCUUUUAAAUGCACUUGUCCUCCUGAAUUUAAAGGAAAAAGAUGUCAGUGGAAUAAAAAAGGCUCGACAUGUUCGUCAGCUCCAUGCCUGAAUGGAGGCAAAUGUACAGCAAAAGGACGUUAUUUUAAAUGCACUUGUCGUCUUGGAUUUAGAGGAAGAAGAUGCCAGCUGAAACCAAAGCGAUCACCAUGCUUCAGGAUUCCAUGUCGAAAUGGAGGAAAAUGUACAGCAAAAGGACGUUAUUUUAAAUGCACUUGUCGUCCUGGAUUUAGAGGAAGAAGAUGCCAGCUGAAACCAAAGCGCUUGGCAUGUUCGUCAGACCCAUGCCUGAACGGAGGAAAAUGUACAGCAAAAGGACGUUACUUUAAAUGCACUUGUCGUCCUGGAUUUAGAGGAAGAAGAUGCCAGCUGAAACCAAAGCGCUUGGCAUGUUCGUCAGCCCCAUGCCUGAACGGAGGAAAAUGUACAGCAAAAGGACGUUAUUUCAAAUGCACUUGUCGUCUUGGAUUUAGAGGAAGAAGAUGCCAGCUAAAACCAAAGGGAUCACCAUGCUUCAGGACUCCAUGUCGAAAUGGAGGAAAAUGUACAGCAAAAGGACGUUAUUUUAAAUGCACUUGUCGUCCUGGAUUUAGAGGGAGAAGAUGCCAGCUGAAACCAAAGGGCUCGGCAUGUUCGUCAGCUCCAUGCCUGAAUGGAGGAAAAUGUACAGCGAAAGGACGUUAUUUUAAAUGCACUUGUCGUCCUGGAUUUGGAGGAAGAAGAUGCCAGCUGAAACCAAAGGGAUCACCAUGCUUCAGGAUUCCAUGUCGAAAUGGAGGAAAAUGUACAGCAAAAGGAAAAUCAUUUAAAUGCACGUGUCCUCAAGGAUUUACAGGGAAAAGGUGUCAACUGAAGGCAAAAAUCUUGGCAUGUUCGUCAGCUCCAUGCCUGAACGGAGGAAAAUGUACAGCAAAAGGACGUUACUUUAAAUGCACUUGUCGUCUUGGAUUUAGAGGAAGAAGAUGCCAGCUGAAACCAAAGCGCCUGGCAUGUUCGUCAGCCCCAUGCCUGAACGGAGGAAAAUGUACAGCGAAAGGACGUUAUUUUAAAUGCACUUGUCGUCUUGGAUUUAGAGGGAGAAGAUGCCAGCUGAAACCAAAGGGCUUGGCAUGUUCGUCAGCUCCAUGCCUGAAUGGAGGAAAAUGUACAGCAAAAGGACGUUAUUUUAAAUGCACUUGUCGUCUUGGAUUUAGAGGAAGAAGAUGCCAGCUGAAACCAAAGGGAUCACCAUGCUUCAGGAUUCCAUGUCGAAAUGGAGGAAAAUGUACAGCAAGAGGAAAAUCAUUUAAAUGCACAUGUCCUCAAGGAUUUACAGGAAAAAGGUGUCAACUGAAGGCAAAAAGAUCACCAUGCUUCAGGAUUCCAUGUCAAAAUGGAGGAAAAUGUACAGUAAGAGGAAAAUCGUUUAAAUGCACCUGUCGUCCAGGGUUUAGAGGAAAAAGAUGUCAGCUGAAGGCAAAAAGUUCACCAUGUUCCACAGCUCCAUGUCAAAAUGGAGGAAAAUGUAUGAAAGCAAAAGGAAAUUCAUUUAAAUGCACUUGUCCUCCUGGAUUUAAAGGAAAAAGAUGUCAACAGAAAGUUCGAAGACUUCGCCCUUGGUCGUAAAGUUCCCGCGUGAAUAACAUGUACUUGAUGAGAUAGAAAUAUUAUACGCAAGAACUAAAUAGAAAUUAGUGGCGUCGCCAUAGAUAAGUGGGGUGGAGAUAUUCAUACACUCAUGUUCACAGACCGGUAAAACGAUCAAUUUGAAAAGAAAUGAAUAAUGUAAAACACGAAUAUAUGAAAAAGUCCCCCCCCACUUACCAGGCUGGCGAAGCCACUGAUAGAAAUAUAAUAAUGUCAUACUGAUGAAAAUAGUAAAAUGAGAUCGUCAUAAUUGAUAUUCUGUAUGUUAAAGAAUU